ACCGUUUUUAGCCCUGAAAUCCGAUUUCUCUAAGAUACCGUAGACAGCAACCGAACAACAAAACUAAACUAUGGCGCUAUCUUGGUUUCAAGAUUUGUCUUUUGUAUCAAAAACUGCUGUUGUUAUUGGAACUAGUGCAUCAAUAAUCGGUGGAACAUACAUCCUUUACAAACGAUUAUUUCUUAGUGGCACAACAGGACCUGGAGAAAGUACUCGAGAAGAUAUCACACACCCUGAGAAGAGAGUGUUGGUACUUGGAUUAGAUGGAGCAGGGAAGAGCAGUCUACUCAAAUGUUUAAGUCACCAAGAAGGAGAUGGCAAACUUGAGCCAACAGAGGGCUUCAAUGUUAUGUGUAUUCAAGGAAAGAAUACAACUCUCAAUGUAUGGGAAGUUGGUGGAACCAAGAAUGUGAGGUCAUAUUGGGAUAACUUCUUGCAGGGCACAGAGCUUCUCGUCUUUGUGGUAGAUUCAGCCGAUGAAGUCAGGUUUCCUGAAGCCAAAGAAGAGCUUCAUAAACUCCUUAAAGACGGACGUCUAGAAAAGGUUCCUCUUCUGGUUGUUGCAAACAAACAGGAUCUACCAGGGGCCAAGAAAGGAGGUGACUUUUUAGCAAGUUUAGACCUUGUCCUUCCCCUCAAGAGCAGAGAUGUUCAUCUUCUAGAAGUAAGCUCUUCAGCAGAGAAAAAGAGUGCAAACAUGUCCGAAGUCUUGGAUCUCAUGUCCGUCCUCUCAAAAAAUUAGUAUUCCAAAGGAAUCCCAUUGUAAUUUGAUAGCACAAUAUCUAUGCUCCAGUGAACAUUGCUCUGUGACAAUCUUUAAAUCCUUAUAAAGUGUUUAAAUGUGGCCUUUAAGUUAUGUGCACUAGUGGUCACAUUUGUUGUACAAUUUAUGUACUAAAAAUCAUUCUACUUUGGCUCAGUAGUGAACACACAAAAAUGAACUGACAUGAUUGAAGUUUAAUUGAUGAACAAUUGAAUAAAGUUGGUCUGGCAUGCUAUAUUUACACAUUUAGACAAAUAUCAAAUUUUGUAAUGAAUUUUGACUAAAGAAUUCAUCAUAACAUAUCUCUUAAAAACUUCCCCUCUUUGCAUAUUAAUUUCAUGUCAAACUAUUUUUUCAAGGUAUGAUUAUGAUAAGGGACGGUCUUUCCGUUUAGGAUGGAAUAGCUAGGCAUUAUGAUAAUCUACAAAUCGCAAUGCAUUUAGAAACAAUCAUGUGGACUCAUAUGCCUCUAAGGAAAGCCAAUUGUCAUAUUUUUACUUCGCAACAAGAGAGUUAUCCAUCAUUUCCUGACAACCUAUUGACCACAUUUUUUAUUGAAAUUCAAAUGGAUUUGAUUUUACAAAUAAUGAAUGUUUAUGAGUGCAAUGGACAGGAUACUUCAUGAGGGAAAGAAAGAUUAAACUCAGCUACUCUGUGCGCCUUGUUGAUCAUUCAUUUCAUCUUUCACCAAACGAAGUAUUCAUUCCAUUGCACGAAUGAUAAGAACAUUCAUUAUUUGGUUUAUAUGACACCUAAAAAUUGAUUCUUUUUCAUAUGAAAUUUAUGAAUUUCGAUACACAAUAUGUUCAUGCAAUGCGAGCUUGGUCUGUUGAUUGUCAUGUAUGUACAACACACGCGCUGCAAACACGAGUGUUUAAUACUUGUGUUGCCUGGGGUCUCGGUGCGCGUGUGCAAUGGAAAUCAUAUGGAUUUAAAAUUGCACAGACAAUGACGUCAUUGGGCUGAAUGAUUGAUAUCUCAACCAAUCAAAUGACAAGGAUCUAUGUAGGUGUCAGAUAAUAUGUCCUAUUCCAUCAUACUUUGUCCAGAUUGUAGGCUGCAUAGGAAUGCAGGAUUAACAUCAGUAUUUAUCCUAGGUGACUACCGCUGUACCGGUGUGUCAUUUAUUAUGUUUUACUCAUUGAAAGUUAUAACAACUUUCUAUUUGAGAUGGCCGCAAAAUCAAGUGUGAAAAUGAAUCAGGUCUUAAACCAGUUUAUAUGUCCAAAAGUCAAUAGACUGUCUGUAAAACGCAUUGUAAUCACAACUUCCUCUUUAGAAUUGAGACAGCAUUGCUAAAUGUUUAUGUGGUUUUUACUUUGUUUAACUAAGCUCUAACUGCUCUGCUUUCAGUAUUAAAACUCAUUCAAAAUAUUUGAUAGUCCCUUAGGCAUUGAGUAGUUUUCACUGGAGCAAAGGUCACAUGACCUGUCACAUGAGCUGUCACCUGUUAGCAGCACAUUGUAAAUGGUACUUGUAAGUAUUUGUACAGAGAGUUUUCUGUUCUUGUUAUUAAUGCUUGGCAUGGAGUUGUUAAUUUAAAUAACUGAAUUAAAUUCAGUUGGUCUGGCUUGACUUUAUUUAUUUGUACUACCUUGGUGUAUCUAUGUUUCAUAAUAAUGGUAAUAAUUGAAUUUUGGUGUCAUUUUAAAAAUAAAUAAUUACAUUCCUCUUCAUGUUCAUGUAUUUGUCUCUGAUAUGCUUCAUGGAGUAUUUCAUUAGAGAUAUGCAUAUUUCUAUUUGACAAUUCAAUUUUAAAGAAUUCUUCACACAAGCACUCACUCAAUACCACGUCUCUUCCUAUUCUCCUUUCCUUUGUUUGAGAAUGAUUUUGUUUAUUUUUUUUUCUUUUUACUUCUCAGUAAUUCUACCUCUUGUUUCUGUCUUCCCCCUUCAACUUCACUAUCCUCCAAAUAAAUAGAUAUAAAUAUAUUACAUUCAUACUCAUAGUCUUUUUAGAGUCAAUGCAAAAGAUUUUACUCCUUCAAGGCAGAGUGUACUAAGAUUGGAAUUGUUAGUUAGGUUCCCAACAUAGCUUGCAACAUUUCUGGUAUAUCAUGAAAAAUUAUAAUUACUGUUUUUAUUUCUUCAGGCAUUAAUUCAGAACAGUCUGUUCAUGUAAAAGUGUGACUGAUACUACAGAUAAUUGCCACAUAGUCCAUUUACUAUUUUGUCUAAUAUCCACUUGGUCCAACUCCACUUAGUCUAUAUUAUUAGAUGAAUAUUUUGAUAAACUAAAUAUUCAUAUGAUAAAAUGUGAAAGGUAUAAGAUGGUCAUAAGUGGAAAUUAGUUCAUCUGGGCAAUAGACUGGAUGACAGUCUUGCAAAGUGAACAUUGGAUCAAGUGGGAACUAAUAGUAGAUCAAGUGGAAAUAGCCAAGAUGGCAUCAUACAAUGUUUAGACCAUACAUGUAGAUGUGGGAUGAAGGGAGUAACAAACAUCCAUUAUAGCUUGUGUAUCCAUCAUCUUGGUCCUAGUUGUAUCAUAUGCGAUGAUGUCGGUUUGUUGCAAAUGCAUUGGUAAAGCUCCUUUGGACACAGUACUUUAACAUCUAUGACAUGCUUGUAGAGAACAACCCUUAUUCAAAGUUUGUAAAAGCUAGUUUUAAUUGCCCUAACGAAGCAAAUGAGUGUAAUUAUUGACUUAUUACAGAGUAAAUCUUACAUCUCUGUCUUAAAACAUAAGUUUCUGUGUGUUUUUUUAUUAUUAUUUUUUUAAUUUUGGUUCUUCCAUUGUUUACCUACCACUGAAUUGCCAUGGUUGUGUAACACAAGUCUUAGUGAUUGACCUUACAAUCAAUUCCUAUUGUCAAUGUACAUUUUGGUCAAUACAAUCAAUCAUAAAGAUUUGUUUUAUGAUCAUUGCUAAGGUUUGUGUUACAGGGCCCUGAUCUUACAUACAAAUAUCAGGGCCCUGUCUUACGAAGAGUUACGAUUGAUCCAAACCAUCUCAACUGUAUGGAAAGCCAUUUCAUACCUUAAUUUUUUCUACAGGAAAUUUGCACAAUCUCCUUGGUAAAGAAAGAGAAUCACACUGGAUCUUUAAGAGAACGAUGGAUGUAAGAACAUACAUGAUAUCUAGUAAAAACUUUGAGCAAAUGUGUAUUUUAGAUGUUGACAUUGCUGGCCGUCCAUAGUUGUGGUUGAUAGGAUCAAUCGCAACUCUUUGUAAGACAGGCAGUCACAAGGCUGCUGGGUAAAAGAUCUUCUAUAGACUUUAUGCAUGUGACUCAGCCCUAGACCUACGCCCAGCAAAAUGUAGCCUCGAGGGUAGUUCACCACUGCUUUAGAGUGCUCUGUACUUGAUCACCUUUGAUUUCAGUGAACCUACAUUUAAUAAAAUCUAUUUUAGUAUUAUUUUCAAGAGAAGUUAUCAUUUUGAAUUACAUUUUGUUCUUUACAGGGUUAGAUACAUGUGGUUAGUUGAAUUACUGUGUGUUUGUAUUAUUUGUAUUGCAAGUAAUUUUCCUCCUGCUUGUGUUAAAUAAUAUUUUGGAGAAAAGACGAGUCAAAAUAACUUGUCUGUUCAUUUCUGACCACUUACUGUAUCCUACGACAAUCAUUUUGCACAUGAUAUUCUGAUGUUAUGAAUACAUGUAUACACCUGGUCAUUCAGAUGGUUUGGUGACCAUGUGUAAUACAAAUUGAUUUGAGUUGUGUCUUGUUUUGCUCUUUUUGGAAGGGAUGAAAGUGAUGAACUACAUGUAAUUUUAGCACCUUGAAAUAGCACUUGUACUCAAAGAUGACAAAAAAUACACUGUAGAUAUUAAAUCAUCCGUACUUGUACAAUUAACUGUUUCAAUAUAAGUAAAAUUGAAUGUUGUGUACAUGUAUAUACAUGUGUGUUUUGAAUAUUCGGUGUAAAAAAAAUAGAAAUUAUGUAUAUCAGAUAUCUAUUUGAUGUUUUGUACAUGUAUGUAUUAAAAGUUAUUAAAACUUUCA